GGGGCCUUAGUAUUCCGCUUCGCGUGCUAAUACCUAGCGCCACCGCUGCACACACGCACACACACACACGAUUCAGAUCACACACUCUCACACACACACGAUUCGGAUCACACACACACCGACACACACACACAGCACUCGCAUAGCGCAGCACAUAGCAGAGCAGACAAUGAGAGAGGGCCACGCUGCUGAUGAUGCGCGUAGGAGGAGGGCUUCGCUCGCCGCCGAGCAGCGCUCAUCACUGCAACGCUGCAGGAAUGCGCGGAGCUGAAUUUUUCAUCAAGAGCCCGAGGACAAACGUCCCGUAGCAGACAAGUCUGAGCUCAGGUCGCCUCCGCUCUCCUCUAUUCCGGAAUCCUCAUCAGCAGGCAUCAUCAUUUAAUCAUUGCAGUAUAUUAUCAUCAUCAUCAGAGUAACGUCGUCAACAAGCAGCAUCAUUAAAAUCACGAUCAUCAUCAUUGCGCAACGUUGUUAAUAACCAUCGUCAUUAUCGUCAUGAGAUGUUUUAUUGUCAUCAUCAACAAGCGCCGUCAUUGAUCACCGCUAUCAGCGUCUUAAUCAUCAAGCAGCGUCGUCAUUAACCAUCAUCAGCUGCAUCGUAAUAAUCAUCGUUACAAUAUCGAUUAUCAUCACGCAACCAUUACCACCAUCAUCGUUAAAAUAUCCUAAUUGACCCAGUCAAUAACAGCCAUCGUCAGCAGUAGUAGCCAUCACAGCGACCACUCUCUGAUCUGCAGGGGUAUAAAUCAUCACCACAGUUACGAUCAUCAGUCGGAGCAUCAGCGGUACCACUAACACAAAAUCGUCAACACAUUCGCCCUUACCACGAAUAGCUCGUAGAAUCCACCCACAACAGUCUGCAGCUACUAACAGAGCCCAACACAACGGCUGAGCUGGGGCUGCACACAAACAAUCAUCUUUGGCUGUGCAACGACAAAGAAGCAGCAGCAUCUUAAGGAGCAGCAGCAGCAUCGGCUCCAUCAACAACAUCAGCAGCAUCAACACCGGCUCCAUCAACAACAUCAGCAGCAUCAACACCGGCUCCAUCAACAGCAUCAGCAGCAUCAACACCGGCUCCAUCAACAACAUCAGCAGCAUCAACACCGGCUCUAUCAACAUCAGCAGCAUCAACAUCGGCUCCUUCAACAACAUCACAGCAUCAACGCCGGCUCCAUCAACAACAUCACAGCAGCAUCAACAUCGGCUCCAUCAACAACAUCAACAGCAUCGCCACAACCAUGAUCGAGACCAUCACACACAAGUUGCGAGCCUGCUCUCUGAAUGAGGUUCGCCCGUUUGUGUUGAAGGUGACGCGAUUGUGCAGCGGAGACUCGGACUCUGAGGAGGAGAACCAGGAACUGGCACAGAUCGACCGAGAGAGAAGGAAAUUACGCUGCCUUCCAUGCAGACCGACGGGAGCUGAUUUGAGCCAAAGGACAACCCAUUACAAGGAGCUGCUGCAGCCAAGCGCCGAGUGCCAGAACCGGCUGGGGCUGCUGGAGGACCGGGCGGUGCCGGCGGUGCCGGCGGCGUGCGGCUGGCAGGAGAGGAGGGCUCCUCGCUGCUACCACACGUGGCCCCAGGCCGGCGGGCGACCCGGCGGCCGCUGCUCCCUGGUGGCCGCCAGGGCGUGGGCUGGCUGGGACCCGCACCGCAGCGUGCCCGCCGCCUUCCAGCCGCUGCGACAGCAGCACCCUUGUCGCGCGGCGGCGGCGGCGGCGGCUGCGGCGCGGACGUUGGCGACCGCCCCCGACCCACCGCUCGCCGCGUUCCUCCAGCCGGAGGCGCGCGGUGGCAGCGGCGGUUGCGGCAAUGCCGGUGGCGGAGACGGUGGUGCGGUGGUCGUGGUGCGCAGACCCCACGCCACGCUGGCCGACCCGGCCCGCAGGCCCAGCCUCAACUUUGAGAAGAUGCAGCAGAGCGUUGGUGGAGGACUCAGCUGCCCGCGAGACCCGGCCAUGUUCGCGUUCCGCCCGCUCGCCUCUCCGGCCGACGUGUUGGGAUGCAGCCCGGCCGUCCCCGGCUCCACCGCGGCACCCGACCCGUGACCCCGUGACCCCGUGACCCCUGUGUCCCUGGCCCCCUUUGACACCCGCGAGUCUGUCGCGUCUUCGUCGAGGCUUGACCAUUCCACAGUUUAUUUACGGAGUCGCAGGCGUGGAAGGAAAAACAAAAACGCCGUCGCGGUGACGUCGAACUGACUCGGGCAAAUCGCGACGGCGAUGUCGGGGGAAAAUGCAGGCCGGCUCGAUGGAAAAAGUGACGCGAAAGUUCACGGGAUCGUGUUAAUGUCACGACGCGUUUAAACUUACGGCCUACAGUUAUUGCGAUGCGGUGGGGGGGGGGGGGGGCAAAGGGGCAGUUUCGGAGCGAGCGGUUUGCAUUCGUGCACGUGGGUAAUGAAGAAUGUAAUGAACCGAUUGAAUCCGACGACAUCUGGGCUAUCUGAUGAAGCGGUCGGAAAUGCGGGCGGCAAAGAAAAAAUUGAUUCCAGCCGUGGUUGUUUCGGAGGAGGCGGCCGUCGCCUCGUGCAAGAACGGUGCAGCAGAGUUAGCAAGCGAUGCCAGGGGGAAAUGCGGUGCGAUGGAGGACCCGGGUCAAGGCAGCUGGCUAUUAUCGUGCCAAUGCGAUGAUCUCUGUCACGUGUGAUAGCGAGGGUCCGAGGGACGGCAUUCCAGGUCAUGCGGAUGUUGCUGAAUGGGUUUACGACGACGUGGACUGUGAACGGCCGUGCAUAUCGACAGCUCUUGCUCGUUCACUCAGUGUGCAGAGGGGGAAGGUAGCGAAGGUGAUGCUUACGUUGCCACGUGUCAUGGUUUUUCCAAGGAUCGUUCCUCUUGUUGAGGCAGCUGUUGUCCUGGGAACAUCUGUACGUCUUCCCGGGACGUCACUCUACAAUACACCACGGCAAAGCAAAGGCGAUAUAUAUUCACGCAUAGUUCUCCCUUUCUUCCCGUGAUAUGUCUUGGAUAUUUUAGCUCCGAGGUGCCAAGUCUAAACAUAGCAGACACGAAUCGCCGAAGCUAGACUACAUUCUUCCUCAUGCUGUGUUUUGUAAUUUGCUAUUUCGGCCAUAGCUCACUGCAAACAGUGUGGCUCUGGGAGCCCUUUUGCUUAUCGCCAGGCCUCUACAACAGCCAAUUACGCACCCGCCAGUACGAAUGUAUGUGUGUUGAACUUCUUUCACACGUUACGUAGCCAACCGUGCUCACAUCGGAGGAUGCGGAUAAGCCGGAGCCCAUCGGCCCACAGAGAUCUGCUCCACCCCACGGCGUCCCUCUCGGUGGCCUCUCUCGACGAUAACGCCAUCGGUCCGCUCGAAAAGGGAACCGUUGUCUUCCUGAGACGCUUGCUGUCACCCCGAAGUGUUUGUCGCAUCAUCCAAGGGACGUCGUCGUCAACCCCUCGCAUGGAAAGUGGUGCGCGAGGCGUUCACGAGUCCCAUGUCGGACUACUCGCUGGGUAAAAUAACCACGAGAUGAUUUCUCCCAGCAUGCACUGCUCUCGUGUAAACCGUGGAAUGUUCAAAAUCAAAGAAAGAGGAAGGGUGGGGGUGAAACAUCACUUGGAUUUAUUUAUUUCUCCCCCCCCCCAAACCCCAUGAACACAUGCAAUGGGAAUCCUCAGAAUCGGCCGCUUGUCUGAGAGACGCCCCGUGGCUGUGGGGAACAUAGUCCCCUCUGACGGCCACCUCCAGCGGGAGUUUUUAUUUUGUUUUGUUUCUCCAAACGAAGACGAAGAAGAAGAAAGUGUUCUGCAGAAAAUGCAAAGUUGUCGUACUGUUCAGUGAAUGCUGCCUUAUCUUGCAAGUGUUUUACACGUGUUUCCUAGGUACGCAUGGACGGUUAAGUGUGACGAUUCCAAUUCGUUUUUUUUUUUCGCUGAAAUAAUUUAUGUUUAUCCUCGAACUGUUACACACCGUGGUGAAAUUUUGUUUGUGUUUAUUUUUCUCGUCGGUUACGCUUAAGUGCAGUAUAUUAAAGUGGAUAAAACACAA